AUGACUGAGGUCGUGCCCGCCGACCGCACGCGACUCCUUCAAUCAAAGCGGGAUGAAUGCAGGUCAAUUGCCACGUCGCGGAAACGCAAGUUGAAGGAGCUGUUUGCGGUCGCAACCACUGCAGAUGGCCUCCCAAAUUUCAAUCUCGCAAUCACCGACGCGUCGCCCGCCAACACCGCCGAAAUCAAGUUUCUUGAGGGGUGCGACAUCUUACAGGGACGCAGACUUAAUGAAUUGAACAUUCCGCCGCGGCCCCGGCUUCGAUCUGAUGCCUUCAAGCUAUCUCACUCCGGCGGGCAGUCUUCGGUCAACAAAAAUGCGACAACACCGUCUGCAAAGCCCGUGGUGCGCGAUGCAUCGAAGCCUACGAAGCCAGCACCACCCGCAGAAAAGCACAACGCGCCUAUAGAGGUUCAGCAAACACCAGUUUCGAUUCCACCGCCAAAGACCGAAGCGCCUGCAACUCCGAAACCAACCACCACAGCAUCCGACGCUAUCAUUCAACAGCCUCAACCUACGGAUGUCUCGGAUGGUUCGACGCGUCCAGCGCCGCAACAGUCAGGAACUCGGGAAGCCCCAGGCCAACCGCAAGGUGUCAGGCAAAAUGGAGACCUUGUGCAGCCUGAGAACUCGGCACCUCCAGUCGCUUCGCAGAUAAACGUGCGUCCUCGGCCUGCCCAGCCUACACCUGCUGUAACUGCACCCGUGCCUGCAGCCAGUACUAUCGAAAUAGGGCAGCCGAGGAUCGAUGGGUCUCAAAAGACGGAGAAGGAAGCCGCACGCGCAGAGGGUGAGCCCGAGUCUCAGAGAAUGGAAGUGGAUGAAGUGCAUAGUUCACAGGUCAACGGUGGCCUGUCCAUCAACGCUGCCCAAGACUCACGACCGGUAGAUACUCUGUCAUCGCCCAGUUCUACUGCUCAAACGGCCACUACGCCAGCUGUACUGGAAACAUCAACCACAACGAGCCCCGAUCGUGACGGCCUGCGGGUGGAAGAGAGGCCAGGAGACGUGAAACUCAGUAGUCAGCCACAGCGCAAAGAACCUCCUGCAGAGGAGGUUGCAAGCCUGACUUCCACCUCCAAGGAGGUAGAGGCACAACUCCUCCGCGAUUCAGCCAGUGCCGCAAAUACCCAACCCUCCACCGUUGGUUCUCCGGCAUUGCCUCGACCCGCCAAGCCGAACGGCGAGAAGCCGCAUCUACCUGACGUUCCGCCGCCAGCGAAGGCGACUCUACCGACCGCCAACUCCACUGCUGCUCCAAAGGCCGAAAUAGCUGCGACUGCUUCUGCAACGCCAGCCCCUAAACCUCAACCUGAGGCAGGCGCCGGGCAAAAGACUGUGGACAACGCCAACCGAGUACCCUCGGAUGGGCCCAAGGUCUCUACACCCGUGGUUGCAGAGAGAGCUCGCACGCGAGUAUCCACGGGAACCAUCAGGCAGAAGUCGGUCGCAGAGAUACUUUCGGGCGAACCUCCAAAGGGUUUGUCGGUACCCACUCAGUCUGAGGCUGACCCAAGUUCUCUGAUACCUAUCACUCCAACCUCGCAGUCUCCGAGACCGCGAGGGCGUAGUUUCACCGAUAAGUCCAGAUUAAAGGAGAAGAGCAGGUUAUCUGGUGUGAUCUUUGGCAAGCAACCCCAAGCAGCUACUGAUUCAGAUAAGUCUGUGAUUUCGAGUCGCCCCAAGUCCGCCGGCGCUCUGCCUACAGAUGAUUACUUCACGCCUCUUUUCAUCCAGGGGUUCUCCAAUGGAACAAAAUGGAUGAAGCCAUUGCAUCAGAUAUUGCACCACGCACAUAAGACAGUUUCAACACCCGAUGCCUACAUGCAGAUUCAAGAAAACCAGGCUUGCAAGGUGCUCAAAGUUGUCUAUGGUCUCCAACAGCACGACAAGUGGUCCUUGAGGCAACCCAAAAGAUGCCCCGAACCGACGAGACAAGCCUCUCACUGGGACGUGAUGUUGCAAGAAAUGAAAUGGAUGAGAACCGAUUUUCGUCAAGAACGGAAGUGGAAAUCGACAAUUGCCCGGAAUCUAGCGUACGCAUGCGCCGAGUGGGUAGCCUACCCUGAAGAACGGGCAGAGCUGCAGGUGAAUGCUGUCAUUCCACAAAAUCCUCCCCGGGGACGAUGGCUCGAUGGGGACGUAGUGUUUGACCGGGACGUCGACAUGGAAGUCGAUGAGGUACAUGCACCGGAGAAUCAUGCAACUCCAGAUCUGAUUUCUUCAGCGGACACCGACUCGCCCUUAGAACAUGACGAUGAGCCUUCGGACGCUUUCCUGGACACGGUGGCGCCUUCGGCCAUCUUCACACUGGACCCAGACGAAGUGGUAUUUGGGCUCAAUCCUUCUCCAAACACAGAUAGAUUGCUAGACGAGUUGCCACUCUAUGGAUCUCCACUGAAAGUGCCGGAGUCGGAUGUCGUUGCACCCAAGUACGAUCCUGAUGCUCAUUGGAAGCGGGAAGCCUUGCCUUUGAGCAAAUAUGUGCAAGGCCGCAUGGAGCUGGUAUCGAACGAGCCACCGAGGAAGCGGAGUCGUUACCAGUAUCUCCAAGAGGACGAGGACGAGGAAGCACUGUUUGAUCAGCCAAGCACCCCAUUCCGACUUGGACCUCAGAACCCGAACGUAGCGUUGUUCCAACCCGAGAACAAACCCAUGCGAGACAGGCUGCAUGCCGGUCAUCAAUUCCGACCGCCAAAUGAGCAUACCAUGCCGUUCCAGAGUUUCUACGAAUCGCGUAGCUGUUCUCAGUGGACGGUGGGUGAAGACGACGAGCUGAAGUCGCUGGUUCGCGAGUUUUCGUAUAACUGGUCUUUGAUUUCCAGUAUGCUUUCUAGCAAAUCAUCGUUUGCAUCAGGCGCGGAGAGGCGGACGCCCUGGGAAUGCUUUGAGCGGUGGGUCAUGCUCGAGGGUUUACCGCACGACAUGCAAAAGACCCAGUACUUCAAGCUGUGGCAGAACCGCAUCGACUCUGCUCAGGCAAUUAUCCGCCAGCAAAAUGCGAAUGCUUUGACCCAACAAGCGCAGCAACAACAGCAAGCCGGUCAGACUGCACCUACGCCUGCACCGGCGACACCUAUCGUUCGCCGGCGGUUGUCACUGCCGGUCAAGGUCGAACGCCGCCGUAACCAGAAGCAUCUCACAAUGAUCGAUGCCAUGAGAAAGCUGGCCAAGAAACGAGAGACACACCUCCAGAAACAGCAACACGCUGCCAACCUCGCGCAGAUGCGGAAACAACAAGAGCAACCGCAGCCAAGAGUCGGCUCUAUCAAGACACCACGGGAAUACUCCAUCAUGCGUUGGGAGCGGGAUCAAGCGAUGGCGGAGAAACUGGCGGAGCGGAUGGCACAGCACCAGCAACAGCGCAUGGAAGCACAGCGCCGAGUACGAGCUACCACUAAUGGAUCGUCAAGCAAUGCUAACCCUCAGACGCAGGCCGUGAUGCAAGCCAGAGCGCAGCAAGGCCCAGCUGCCCAAAUGGCCAACGGACAGAACACACCGAUGCCGCAAAACGCCCCGCAGAUGGGAGCUACCCAUCCUCUCGCUGGUGUCAACCGUGUCAACGCCGCCAACCAGAUGGCAAUGAAUGGACAAGCCCGACCGCGGGUACCGAUGCAGGGAACGCCAAACGGCAACGCGGCUCAGGGCCACGUUGCCGGUGGCCUAGUCCCGCCUAUGACGGUAAACAACAGCGGCCAAGUGCAGAUGCCCGUAGUCAACGGACAAGCAAGGAUGACGAUACCCACGCAACCCGACCUCAACCUUGUCAUACAGGCGCAGCGUAUCUCGGAGCAACAGCGCCAGGCGGUGCAGAUGAGGCAAGCACAGCAACAACAGACGCAUACACCGCAGCAAGGCAGCCCGGCUCUCCAGACGUCCCCGCCAGCUGCCAUGCGAGCAGCAGCCGUGGCCAAUGGGGUCAACCAGAAGAGCUACAUGAACAACGCGCAAGCCAUCAUGGCUCAGUUCAACGGGGCAUCGAAUUCUGGAGGGCUGUCUACUCCACCUGCCGCAGGACUCAACAUGCCUGCGGGUCAGUCUGGGUCGCCCAGACCAAACCCAACCAUGACUCCCCAGAUCCACCAGACAUUUGUUUCGCAGCUACAGAGCAUUGAAAGUCACAUUCGAGCAACACAUCCGAAUACGCCGCAAGACGUAGUGCGUCAAAUGGCGACCCAGCUGCUCCAGAACCGUCAAAAUAAUCUGGCGCAGUCUGCAAUGAACGCGGCAGCGGGAGGGCAGGCCCAGACAGCGAUAGCCCAUGGUCCUCACCAAUACGCCCAGUUGCUAAGAGCACAGCAGCAAGCCCAGGCUCAAGCUGCGGCCAGCGCCCAAGCCCAACAGCAGCAGCAAGCCCAACAGCAGCAGCACCAACAGCAACAGCAACAUCAACGUAACUCGAGUGCUGGCAGUGCGACGCCACCCGUGCCGACAAUGCCAAAGUGA